AUGAAACAGAAAAUGAUAAGUGAUAACCGUGAACGACGGAAAAUAGAACAACUAGGAGCAGUGUUAGAAACUAAUUCAUUAGCUGAUAAACAGGACGAGUUUCAAACACGAAUUAAUCAAGUGACUGCAAAUCACUACAAAAUUCUAGAUAGCUCAUAUGAGCAUGAAUUCAAAUCGGACGUAGGAUCGGAACGAUUGUUAGAAUUGACCGAAUUAGUUACUCAACAAAUACGACAAUUUGUUGAGACAAUCGAAAUCUACGAUAGUUUGAAUCAUUCGGCACAAGAGGAAAUAAUUGAAAAAAGUUGGCUGGUAGUAAAAGUUUUGCAUAUUAUCUAUGAAUUCAUUCCUACAGAACAUUGCCUAAUGUUAGCCAACAAUACAACUUAUAUAGCAGCUAAAGGCGAUUAUUCCGAAUUGGAUUAUACGACGAAAUUUUUUGAAAAUUUAAUAAAUUUGGCUGCAAGUUUUCAUUGCAUGCAAUUGGAUAAUCGACCAUUAGCCUUAUUGUCAGCUUGCUUAUUUAAAAUCCGAAAAAUGUAA